CGUGUCGCCAAGGCGAAGUCGCUCACCACCACCACCACCACGCGUCUCGCUUUCUCGCCUCGUUUCUUAAGCCGCCCGCGUCCUCCUGCCACUGUCGCUCACGCCCCCGUUUGGGCUGUUGCCUCUGCCCCCAACAGCACGUUCAAGAAGUCGUGGGAGACGAAUCGAAAGCUAACCAUGCUCACUCCGGCAUUCGAGUUGAGCCAAGACACCGAUCACCUGACACUGACGAUUCGCGUGCCCUAUGCACGUGUCUCAGAGCUGGACCUUUACAUCGAUGGUCACGACUUCAAGUUUUACGCCAAGCCCUACUUCUUGAGGUUGAAUUUGCCAGGACGGAUAAUUGAAGAUGGACGAGAAAAGGCCUCCUAUGAUGCAGAAAAAGGCGUGUUCACUAUACGAGUCCCCAAGGAGAGCCCGGGGGAGCACUUUGAAGGGUUGGACAUGCUAACGGCACUCUUAGCUCCCAGAGGAUCCCGCUCAGCCAAGACGCUUGUCAACGAGAUGGGGACACUGGGUGAGAGCCAGGAGGGUGUGGAGGAGCAUGACGAUGAGGAGGAUGACGAGGAGGAGUUUGACUGGCAGGUGGAACAGCAGCCGUAUGAGGAGCCGGCAUGCUUGGGCGGCACUGGCUACGGAUUUGGGGGAUCACGCACUGGUGUCUUCCACCGACUGCAGGAAGAGCUGAGCGAUGUCAUCGACCUGCAGAGUCCAGAGAGCUCCACAGCGGCACAGCGCAGGGCACUCCGUCUGCAAGCGGAGGAUUCAAAGUUUGACGCUGAUCAUUACCUAGCCGACUACUUUGAAGACGAGCCGGUCAUGGAGAUGUUGAGCUACCGGCCUUGGUGGGACGGCUGCGAUGCUGGAGCAGUUCCCUUCACAGAGGAGGAUAAGGAGCAGCUCAGACGUUUCACCAACAAGAGCUUUGUGCUGGACCGAACAUCUCGACGCCAGGCCUACCUGGGCAUGGUGGACAUCAUCCUGGCCGUCGCCUACGAUGUCCGCAUCACAGGCGGCGAGAGCCAUGUGGAGGGACCCUGGAACAUCCGCAAACUCAGUGGAACUCUGUGCUGGUUCGAGACUUAUGAGACUCUACAAGAAGUCCUGGUGUCCUUUGCAAGGAGAGCGCUUUGCUAUCCACUUUACAGGCACUUUGGACUCGUCUCGAAGGUAGUAGAAGAUGCAGCUCGUAUAUUUGCUCUGGGCAGACAGGGUGUGAUGAAGUGCCUUCUGGCAACACACAAGUUGUUCCGUGAGAAUGACCCUGCCUACAUCCUGAAUGACAUCUACAUCACCGACUACUGCAUCUGGGUCCAGAAGACGAAACCUCACCGCCUCCUGAACCUCGCCGACGCCCUUAGGAAAGCUAAGAUAAGCAAAGAAGAGCUGGGAUUCGAUCUGCUGGAGGAGGAAAGGAUCGCGCUCAUGGUGCAGAAGGAGCAGGAGGAGGAGAAGGAGUUGAAAGUAGAAAUAAAGGACGCGGAUGAAAGUGCAGCCAGUGGUGCGGUGUCAGGACUCUCCUCUGACCUCAAGCGUCUCAACAUCCAACACGAUGCAUGGGCAGAGAACGAGAAUGGCGGCAGCAGCAGCAGUAGCAGCAGUUCGGACUCGGAAAGCGAGAGCGAGUCUUCUGACAGCGAAAGUUCAGACAGCAGUAGUAGUGAAUCUACAGACGGGAGCAGCAGCAGCAGUAGCGAAUGUGAGGACGAAGCUGUUGGCACUACCGAGGCCAACUUUGAUGCCAUGAAACAUCAAGAGGCUGCGAUGUCGGCAUCGGAUGUCUCGGAUCAGGGUGAGGCCCCUUCUCUGGACAUCCAGGCAAGGGGAGCGGCAGAGAACCGGGCGGCGUUGGGUGAAGCGCGCGAGUCUGCGGUGCUCGCACGAUCUCCCCCGACUCAAAAAAAUAGCCGUAUGCACGAGGGAAGUCCACGGGACACUCGCAACCCGACCGGGAUUGACCAAAGGCAGCCAGGCAUCGGCGCUGGCCCCCCACCGGAGGUACGCCAGUUUCUGGAAGUGAAACCAAAAGCGGAAUUCCUCAAGUUGGUCGAAAUGCCUGUGGCCUUGGGCCAGCUGGAGGAGGGGUACGAGGCAGAGCGAUGCGAGGAACCGAGGAGACGACCGCUCAUCGAAGAAUUGUGACAUUUGCAUGGAAAUAGCGUCGGAUAAAAAAGCCUUGCUCGUCGCGCGGAGUUACUACGCUCUUGACAGGAGCUACAAUCGGCAAAUCCGCAAUCUGCAGGCUCGGAGGCAUAUGGGAAAAACGAGGGUUUGAUUCACGGUCUGUAAUAUGACACCCCCCCCCCCUUUCAUUGUAUGUUACCUGAUAUAAACCCAAACAUUAAACGGUAUUUUGAGUGUAAAAAAAUGCGAUUAAUAUUUUAUUGUGUAAAAUAUAACUUUGGAUGGUAAAUGUAUAGAAUUGUAGUGUACAGUACUGUACACGUAUCCACGUACAAUACUGUAUACUGCAUGAUAAAACAAUUGUGUGGUUUAACCCCUUUAGCCCCACUGGACGCUGGAAAACACCACUUGGCCUUGGAAGAUGGAGACAAGAUGGCACUGUUCUUAGGGGCCGCCCAUAAAUGACGUCACACGAUUUUGUACGAUUUUUGAACCCCGCCCCCUUCGUCACACGGCGUCACAAAAAGUCAGACCCCCCCCUCAAAUAUGACGUCACAAAGCUUUGCCCCCCCCCCAAAUUUUUUUUUUAAACAUGCUUCAAAUCGCUUUAAACUAUUGUCAUUGUAGUGCGUAUUUAAUGUGACGCUGCACUCUGAUGUUGUAGGAUAAAAUCUACUUAAUUAAGUAGAACGUGUUGUCUAUAUUUAUUUAAAGUUACGCAUUUUGAUGUGACGUCACAUUUUCCAAACACCCCCCCCCCUCGUCACACCUCGUCACAAAUGUCUGACACCCCCGCCCCCCUAGGUGCGUGACGUCAUUUAUGGUAUGCCCCUUACUCGGCAGCAUCUUCGCGAGCAGCACAGUUAUGAUGCACGUAGGAAUCUCGUGGUCGAUCCACAUGGGGCGCAAUCAGUGAACUGUGCCCCACAAUACAUUUUGGUGCAAAAUCACUGUCGCUUAAGCCGCGAGACACGGGUUUGCUAUAUUUCAUUGCCCUGGUGUGUUGUGAAAUAAAAAUGAUAACGUCCGUUUAAUAUUGUAUUGUAAUAAAACUUGUAUUUUCGUUUAAUAAAUUGCCAAUGAAAAUCUGUGUGUGAUCGGUCAUAUCACGAGCCAAAGCAUCGUGCAAAUAGGCGAUGUUCUGUAUCAGUAGCCACC